CCCAACAUAACUUGGACCGAAUCCAGCCUUCUCCAUUUCAGCGGACCUUCGGCAAGGUCCCAUUGUUUUCACCCGAAACAAUAACUAUUUGUAACAUCUCUAAAUUUUCAUAUUGGCAACACAUUGUGUCCUUCCAAGCAGCUUGCAACGCUGCUGUAUCUACAGAUAUCUGAGGUUGAUUAGCAUCUAUAAGUUUCUUGCUUGAAGCCAUGCUCCGUACAGUUAUGGCUGGAAUGUUGGUCACCAUGGAAAGGCGGCGCCUGAUGGAGUUGAUUCCAGAAACAAUAAGAAAGUUUUGGAAAAUCUGGCAGUUGAGGUUUCUGGUUUUUGUCAGCCUUUUCUUGCAAAUUGCAUUGAUAUCAUUGGGUAAGGUCAGAAAACGCCAUGGGAAGCCUGUGCUGAGAUUUAUAAUUUGGUCUGCAUAUUUAUUGGCAGACUGGGUGGCAACACUUGGACUUGGGGUUAUCCUCAACAGAGUCCAAGAACACCCAAACAAAGAUGCGCCUAUAGAUGAUGAUCUUAUAUCAUUUUGGGCACCUUUCUUGCUGCUCCAUCUGGGUGGUCCAGAUACAAUCACUGCCUACUCGUUAGAGGACAACCAGCUUUGGCAGAGGCGAGUGCUUGAGCUGGUUACCCAAUUAUCUGUGGUUGUUUACAUAUUAAUUGUAGCCUGGCCAGGUAAAUCCUUUCUCUCUCUCCUGACUAUGCUAAUGCUGCUAGCUGGUGUAGUCAAGUUUGGAGAGAGAAUAUAUUCCUUAAGAUCUGCAAGCACUGACCAGUUCCGCUUUUCACAAAUGACGGAGCCUGAGCCGGGACCGAAUUAUUCCAAGUUUAUGGAGGAAUUCACCCUGAAAAAGGCAGAGGGGUUCUACAUGAGAGCAAUUGAGGUUAUUGAGACCCCUCUUCCAACUCAUGCUUCCAUUUCCAUUUCCAAUGAGAAUGAAGAUUUGGUUCUUAAAGCGUGUGACCUAUUCCGAACCUUCAAGCGCCUUUUUGUAGACCUCAUUCUUAGCUUCCAAGAUCGAGAUAAGAGUCAGCGUGUCUUCCACAAUCUCGGUUAUGAAAAAGCCUUUGAGGUGAUUGAGAUUGAGCUUGGAUUUGCAUAUGAUGUGUUCUACACCAAGGCACCUGUUGCUUAUAAUCGAAGGGGGCACAUUUUUCGCCUAUUUACCUUGCUAGCAACCUUAUCUUCGUUGGUGGCCUUUAUCGUUAUCCACAGGGUAAAAAAAGAUCAUUACAACAAAGUUGACCUAAUCAUAACCUACUUACUGCUUGUGGUAGCUAUAAUAUUGGAGAUCUGUUCUUACCUCAUUCUUCUAUUCUCAGACUGGUCAGAUCACUGGGUGAAGAAGCACUACAAGCAGAGCAUCAUCUCUUCCUCCAGGCACCUUUUUAGGGUGCCAAGGAAAGAGGUGCCUAGGAAACGAUGGUCUAACUCGAUUGCCCAGUAUAGCAUACAAAUUUUUUGUCGAGAACAAAAGUCAAGCAAAUUUCCUCAAUUCUUGAAGCUCUUGAUGGCUGAAAACAAGGUAGAUGAACUUUACUACCUUACCUAUACCGGUGUGUCUAAUGAUUUAAAGGAUUUGAUCUUCGAAUAUUUUUCGAAGAUCUCAAAAAGUGGUGAUAAGAGCCAAUUUUCUGCUUUAUGCACCUCUAGAGGCAAGCGUGUCCUGGAUGGUAAGGAUUGUAGCGACUUGAAUUGGUCUACCACUGAAAUAGAAUUCGACCAAAGUAUUCUUCUGUGGCACAUUGCAACUGAUCUGUGUUACCACAUAGAUGAUGGUAGUACAAAUUUGGGAGAGGAAAUAAAUUCAGAGCGUACAGAAAGCAAACACAUGUCAGAGUACAUGAUGUAUCUUUUGGCAUUGCGUCCUUUCAUGUUGCCUAUGGGGAUUGGGAUGAUAAGGCUCAGAGAUACUUGUGCAGAGGCUAGGGAUUUCUUCAAAGAGCAACGACAGCAACCUAAUAAAGCCCAAGCAUGUAGGAUGUUGCUUCGGGUAAAUACUGAAAUCCAACCAGGUAAAGUUAAAGGGGAUCGCAGCAAAUCUGUGCUGUUUGAUGCUUGCAGGCUAGCCACUGAACUGCUAUCCAAGAAGGGUCAAGCAUGGGAGAUUAUAAGCCAAGUUUGGGUAGAGAUCUUGGCUUAUGCUGCAUGCCAUUGUCGCGGAACUCACCAUGCUCAACAGCUUAGAAAAGGGGGAGAGUUCCUUACCCAUGUCUGGCUUCUGAUGGCACAUUUAGGCAUCACUGAACAGUUUCAGAUUUCUCAGGGUCAUGCUAGAGCUAAGUUAGGUGCAAAAUAAAUCCUUGUACAGUCCUCUUAAUCUGGGCAGAUGGCGGUUAUUUUGAAGGCAAUUUUCUUAUGCUACUAGUUAUAUAUGGUGACCCGUAGCAUUUCAAUGUUUCGAGGUAUAUUAAUAUGGAUUGCAUCCAUGAACCCAUCCAUUGUUGACUGGAGAGCUCAAGCCUUUUAUAUAUUUCUUUUUUUACUCCUUA